UUAUGUUGGUUCAUUAGACUUCGCAUGUUAUUAUAAAGUUCUCCACUAGGUGUCAGAACAGCAUCACAGUUCUCUCUUGAUGUCAGACGGACUCUGCCUCAUUAUGGAGAGGUGAAACAUUGCAUUUUCACACAAGAGCUGAAGACAGAUAGAAUGGACACAUAUUUGAACAAUUUGUAAAUUUUUACAAAAGUAUUUAAGAUACAGGGAGAUCAGACCAUUUGCAAUAUAACCAGUACGUUCAAGAUUGUGGUACAAAACCAACAAACUGUACCAAAGUUUGAAUAUGUUUUCUCUCAUUUUGCCCAUUAAGAAAAGAGCAGACUGUCUAAUAUGGCUAAUAAAAUCAAUACAACUACUCUCUGUAAUACAAUGUCAUAGCAAAAAGUCAGUAAACAGCAAGUGAAACAUCCUGUGGUGAGCUGGAACUUUGCUCAUCUUUGUGCAAUCUAACCCUGAAUGUUUCAUCAUCGGCAGUGGCUUCUGAUUGGUCAACAACACAGAUAUGAUGGUGAACUUUCCUCUAAAACGAGCAAACAGUUAGUCUUAGUCUUCUUGUACUGCAAUGGAGCACCAUGUGAGACUGCUCGUGAAAGAUCUUACAGAGGGUUUAUCUCAUCACACAAAGUGCCAAAUCUCAUUACAUUUAUAGGCUUUAGCUGCACUGACAUCCCCAAGGACACAUCUCUGUCCUGAUGUCUAAUUAAACUACGAAUGGAGGGGGACCAUUAUGUGAGCUCCCUUUAGUAGUCUUUGCCAUCAAUUUGCACUUCCUAUAAUCAAUAAUCAUAAACACAGUCUGCUUUAUUAUUCACCGUUCUUGCAGUGUUGCUUCGUGUUAUUUGGCCUGAAUGCGUCACAGUAUUUGUUGAAAACAUUUUUGUUGUUGGGUGGGAUGUUUUAACUUGUAAAUCAGUUGUGAAUGAAAGAUGCAAAUGUACUCACUAGGCAGGUUCUCUGUUCAGAUUGUGUGAGUGUUAGUGCGCACGACAAAAUGAAACAAAGCGCGUAGUAUGUUCAGUAAUGGACGACAACACUGUAUGUGCAAAACAUUUAGUCACUCAGGGAACAGUGGGGUAAUGUACAUAUGAUGUGCAACAUAUUGUGUCUGAGUGUUUAUAUAGAUAAGAAAGGACAUAGUCUUAAUAUGAGCACAACAAGGAGAGCUGAAUCUGAAUUGUGUUGUUGGUUUUGGGGUCAAUGCAAUGGGAGGUGACAGUUAUUUGUUGGUUGUGCAUAUGUGCACACGAAUGAGACAGCAUAUAGAAUACAAGAAAAUGUACAACACAAUGAUUCCGUAUUAUCCAAUACACCAUGAGUCAUAUUUUUCAUUUUAAGAAUUUAAGGAAAAACCGUUGCAGGUAAAAUACAGCUAAAACUAAAAUGAUUUGCCAUAUGUUGUUGCUUUUUACUGCAAGUAAAUUAUUCUAUGUGGCCCACAAAUAUACUUAUUAGCAAUUUGUGUGACAGAAACGGCGACAUUCACAUCUACUCACAGAAAUCAUGUGAGGAUCAGUAACUGGGGUCUUGUGUGUGUGCGUCCGUGUGUGUACACAUUCCCAUGAGGCGCCUUCUUUCAUAUGUGCGUGUGUGCAUACAGGCAUCUUGCUGGUUAGCAGUUUAGCGGGUCUGGUUUCAGCCGGGUUGUCGAUAGGUCAGGUUGACCUUUGAGUGCUCAGCGCUCCCAAGGCUGAUAUCAAGUUGUGUAGUCUCCUAUAGACACUCGCAAUAAGAGCUCCUAAUUAGUUCCCCAGACACCACGGCCAUUUAGAUUAAAUCUAUGUCUGGCGAGAGAGAAAGAGCCAGGGAAGAAAUAUCAUCUGAAACCUCUUAAGACAAUUCUUUCCAGGGUUUCCUUUUUAAGAAUAAUUUGUAGUAAUUGGUAUACUGUACACAACUAUCCUUUAUAAAUCUGCUUGUAUUCAAUUACAUAGGACAUCUGAUCAAAAAGAAGAAAUAUCAUACAUCCAGUGUUAUUAUUCUGCUGCAUUCUUCUCUCAUGUGUUGUUGGCUGUCUGCAGCGUCCUUCGGGCAAAUUCUAACAUAUUUUUGGAUUUUGCACUGCGUAUCUACGAGGAAGUCACAGCAUGACAGCAUGAUCAUCUGUUUGUGCCCCCUAGGGAAAACAAAAAUUGUGGUCACGGCUGUGAAGCACAGUCAAAUGCAUGAGAAAAGACCUAGUUGUUUGACCAUCACAGUCAAAUCAUUGUUGGAAUAUCUGCUCCAUGACAACAAGAAGUACAAAUAAUACUAAUCUUGAGGCAAUAGCAUGUAUUGACAUAAGGUCCACGGUCGGAUGAGGGCUCUAUUAAAAGACCAAAGUCACCAAACCAGUAUGAUUAUACCACAGGAUUUAGUGAGCUCAGUGAUAUGCUAGCUAGCAGCAUUGCUUCUUUGUGAUGCCUUUUUAUAAUGUCAAGGGCCCAAAUAAGCACAAUCCACUGUUGUGUCUUAAAAAUGCCUAAUUCCACUACUAUGCAGUUGAAACCAAAACUGAUAUUCAUACAUAAAAAAUUACUCAAUUAUCAAAAUAAUCAUCUGUGAAGUACAUAUGUGUAGCCAUGGUAACUUGUUUCAUUGCUCUUGUCUUGAGAGCCUCUUGCCUGAUAAAAUACUGAUGCAUGAGUAACGGUCAGGCAGGUAACCCUGGAUACAUGAAUAAAAAAAUGAUUAAUUUCAUUGGUCUGUUCUAUAACUUAUUUGUAGUGGUCUAAUGAAGUUAUACACACCAUUACCCCAAUAUAAUCAGACAGGAUAGGAAAUCAUUGCAGGAAUACAAACCGAGGCAAUUUUUUAUACCAAGUGUAACACAAAGGUUGUAGCACAGCUUAAUACUGGAAAAUAGAAACUGGUUCUAGUCAACCCUUAGGCAGUGUGUGUGUGUGUGUGUGUGUGUGUGUGUGUGUGUGUGUGUGUGUGUGUGUGUGUGUGUGUGUGUGUGUGUGUGUGUGUGUGAGAGAGAGAGGGAUGACUCUACAGCAUAAUUAAUGCUGUAUAUAUGUGAUUAUCUUUAACACAGAAUAGAAUAGGACAUUAGAAAAAAUAGAAUAUGAUGCCUCAUCUUAUUACAUACAAUAGUUUUGAACAGUGCAGCUAUUUGAGUUAAUAAUGUGUACUCCUUGUACAUAACUAUUAUUUUGUAAUAUAUAAUAUCGUAUAAUAAUUAUUUUUACUUGCAUUGUAAACAUUAUAAAACCUGCUGUGGCAAAACUGUAUCGUCACACCAAUAAAAAAAAAUGAAUUGCUAAAAAUAGAACAGUCUGACUCUAUUCUAUUCUAUAUACUCCUUAAUUUCACAGAGCGUCACUAAUGUUACCGUGCUACUGAGCAUUUCACCUGUUCAGUCAGGCGGACAGGGUUUAGUAAACCGGGCAGGAGGAAGUAAGAGACUCCCAGGGGAACAUCGUUCUAUCUCUUUAACAAUAAACUCCAGAAUAAAGAUAAUAUUCGCUGGGUUUACAUACUAUUGUGCGUUUCAAAAUAAAAAAGGGCGUUUUGAAUCGGAAAAUGGAUUUAAUGGAUAUUAAACCGUGAGCAUCUCUAUACGACUGCACAGUGCUCCCCCCACCCCUCUGUAUUCUCUAAAUGGUACGCUCCGCCGCUGCAGGUCUGAUUCAGGCAGCCACAUCGUUAUCAGCCCGGAGGAUCUCCGACCGUACGAAGCACCCAACCAGAUGAGCGCGUGAUUGCCUCUCUAGCUGUCGGUAAAGGCUCUGAAAUGAAUAAAGACUCACGUUUUCGGACGCAGACACCGGAAGAAUACGCAGAAGACUGUCCCGGGACGCCAAUUACGGCUCUGUCUCCAUGUCCUGGAUUACUACCGAUCACCAGUCAUUAUUAACCUGAUGGCGCGCGGUGCGGCUGGUGUGUCCGUGACAGACGACUGAUGGCGCAAAGGCGCGUGCGGUAUUGUUGGGAACUGCGAAACAGCGUUUGGGUGACAGCGCGAGGACGAUAUCCAGAUAAAUACUGCAUCUGAUUCAUGAGACAUUCACAUGGCUUCGCUGUGCGUCCGUGGGAGUGACUGUGCGCCAUAUUCCCGAUGCACCUGCACCUCCUGCAAAUGAAUGGUGAUCCUGGACUGAUGGAUAUUUUUUAAUUAACGACACCAUAUCUGCUUACCUAUUUUUACCUCAUGGCUUUUCAGUCUUGCCAAUAACCUCAUGUGCAACCAUUCUCUUCAAGCAUAUUGCUUCUCAUUGUCUACCUCAUUUCAUUUAUUUUAAGCCAUUGAAUUUAAUGCCAUUGCAAGAACUGAUGUCAUAGGGAGCUUUACACUAUUUCAAAUGAAAAAAGGCUUUUAUUGUCCUCUAAAAGCACAUGCGGGUUGAAACAUUAUGCUCCUUUGUGCUCACAAGGGAUCAAAUUCAUCAUAAUAAGGGUCCAGCUGUCCUCGUGUUAGAGUGAAUAAGGAUAAUUACAAACCUGUGGCAUGCUCGAUCUCAAGAUGAAGGAAACGUGUCGCAUCUGUGGACGGGAGCUCUGCGGUAACCAGCGGCGAUGGAUCUUCCAUCCCACCCCCAAGCUCAACCUGCAGGUGCUGCUGUCUCAUGCUGUUGGGCGAGAGCUGGCCCGGGAUGGCAGAGGAGAGUUCGCCUGCUCAAAGUGCACCUUCAUGCUGGACCGCAUGUACCGCUUCGACACAGUGAUCGCCCGCGUGGAGGCCCUGUCCAUCGAGAGGUUGCAGCGUCUCCUGCAGGAGAAACACAGGCUGAGGCAGUGCAUCAGUGGGCUCUACCGGAAAACUAAUUCAGAGGAGGGUGCAGCGACAUUACCUGGAGGUAAUGAUGGAUCAGGAGAUGGGAUGGUUGACAUUUCUGGUCUUACUCAUGCAAAGUACUGUGCCCUGCUCCAAGAUGAUCUGGUGUACUCUUUGUAUGAGUCGUGGGCCGAUGACGGCCUGGACUGUCAACACCACCACCACCCUCACAGUUCUGCUGGUCCAGAGUCAGAGGUCACAGUUGCAGACUCGCAUCGUUGCUUUCCCAGCACUCCCAGGAAGUGUCGGGGUUGUUCCUACUGGCGGGUGGCGGACUCUGACUAUGAAGCUGUUUGUAAGGUGCCCAGGAAGCUGGCACGGAGUAUUUCCUGCGGGCCGUCAUCCAGAUAUUCAGCCAGCGUUGUUGGAGGGAGUGUGACUGGAGGAGGAGGUGGUGGAGAAGGAGUAGGAGAAAAUAAUAAUGUGGAGGAUUUAGAAGAACCGCCCUCCUCUUUAACUCUGGUCCCUGGUUCUCAGGAACCCUCCAGGUCAUCCGAUAGUGAAUGCACCCUGGCUGGACGAGCCAGCUCCAGCCCCUCUAUAGCAUCCUUAGAGACGACUGAGGAAUAUAUUCAGUCUGGAGCUAUAACAGAUGGCCGGCUGAGCUCCCCCAGGGAACUGAUGGAUGACCGGAUAUCUGACUCCCUCUCUGAGGAGCACGUAGGAGCCCCACGUGGCCAAGCCUCACCUGGACCCAGCCUCUCUCUGGCCCUCUGUUUGCUGCAGAGCUAUGCCGUCUACCGGCCAGUCCUGAGCCCUAAAGGGAGUAAGCUGCCAGUGCUGCUCCGACAGAGCUCCAGUAAUGGAGGCUCGAGGCUGGCCUUCCCUGUUCCUGUUCUGGGAAUGUCUUAUGAUACUCCAGAGGGAGAAAGAGACAACCACAUGCCAACACCUGAGCUGGAGACCCCUCUGAUCAGGCUGGUUGAUCAGGAUCUGAACCUGGCCUACAUGGAGGAUUUGUUGGAUGAUUUGUACAAAGAGUAUCCUCCCCCACGUCCUCACCAGAGCCUCGUUGAGGAGCAGCAGAAUCAACUGAACCAGUAUGAGUGUGCAGCCGGUCAAUGUGUCAGCGAGCUGCAGAAGGCCCAGCUCCAGGUCCAUUCCCUGCAGGCCAAGAUCCACAAGAGCGAGGCCAACAAUAUGAAACUGCAGGAGAAGCUGAAUGAGAUGGAGUGUGAGCUGCGUUCAAUCCGCCAGGCUGCUCAGAGCCAGGAGAGAACCAUUCAGGGUCUGACAGAGUCCAUCAGCACCAAAGACAGUGAGGCCCAGGAGCUGUACCAGCUGAUGGAAGGGCAGAACAGCACACUGUGUAAGCUCAGAGAAAUGGUCCACCGCAACCAGCUUGCUCAAUUUAAGAUGCCAGAGGGGGUCAGCGGGUCUGUGAUGCUCGCCCAGCUGCAGGGCGAGCUGGUGGGGGUGCAAAGCUCCUUGUUCUCCCUUGGUCUGGAGCUGGAGGCCAGCCAGAGGAGCCUGAGACAGAGUCGGAGGCAAGGAGAUGACCUUUCGAGGUUCAAGGACCGACUCAACUCUGAUCUGCAGGAGGUGCAGCAGCACAGGGAGGUCACAGAAAAGCACAACCAGGACCUGCGCUCUGCCCUACAGAAAACUCGCUCUGAGCUUCAGGCUAAAGAAGCAGCUCUGAAGGAGGCCGAGGUGGAGAGACACACUGUGGUGCAGGAGAAAGAGAGGAGCAUCACACAGCUCAAACACUCUCUGCAGGACAAGGAGCAACAGCUGCAGGAGUACUCGGAGAUGUUGGAGUCAACAGGAAGCUCCAAACCAAGAGAUGCCCUGCUGGAGAAACUUAAAGAGCGUAUUAAGGACAGAGACAGAGCUCUGGAGCGCUCCAUAGAUGACAAGUUCCGCUGUGUGGAGGAGCGCGAGGCCCAAGUGAGGAGGCUUCAGCUGGCCCUCAGGGAGAAGGAACGGGACCUGGAGAGACUCCGCUGCAUUCUGUCCAACAACGAGGAGACCAUCACGAGUCUGGACGCCCUGGUGCGUGGCAAAGAGCUGGAGCUAGAACAGGCGGCGGAGGCCUACAGGAACCUCCAGUGGCUGAGGCAGCAGAGUGAGGAGAAGGAGAGAAACACUCUGAGAGAGAAAGACACCAUCAUCAGCCAGCUACAGGCAGCUCUACAGACACACAGCCUGGAGGCACAGGAUCUGACAGCCACCCUUAUUGCCAGAGUUCAGGCUGGUCCCACUGAGGUCGUCGAGGAGUUGAAAGCUCGGCUGGCGCUGAAAGAAAAACUCUUCCAGGAACUGCUCUCGGACCGCAGCUGCCAGUCUAAUGAACACCAAGCACAGGUCCAGGAAAUGCUCAACACUCUCAGCUCCAAAGACCAGUAUCUGCAGGACUACUCCUACAGGCUCUCUCUUGUGAUUAGUGAGCGGACUGGCCAGCUGCAGGAGCUACGCAGACAGCUGUCAUCUAGAGAGCAAGAGCUGUGUGAGCUGAAACAGGACAUGGAGAGAGAGAUGGGAGGAGAGGCGGAGCACCUGCGGAGUCUGCUCAAAGAGAAAGAAGCCUUCAUCAAGGAGCUGAUGCAGGGCCAGGAGGAGGCGAUGCAGCCAUCCUCUAAAGAGAGUGAGGCAGAGAUGAAGGCUCUCCAGGAAGAGUUGCAGCUGGUACUGAAGAAGGAGAGGGAGGCUCAGAAGGAGCUCUCUGCUCUGCGUUUGUCUUUGGCUCACCAGCAGGACAAUGAGGACAGCGCUGAUCACCAAUGUGUGCUGGAGCAGCUUGUGUCAGAGUACAACAAGCUGAACGAUGCGCUGAGGACGGAGAAGAGAUUAUACCAAAAUCUCUCACACGUUCACACCAAGAGUGACAGCUCUGAGAAGAUCCAGGCCCUCCACACCGAGCUAGACUCAGUUCAGGCGCUCCGCAGACAGCUGGAGGAGGUCCUGGCCAAGACCCGUAACAUGGCCCUGAUGCUGGAACGGGCAGCUAAAAAGCAGCCCGUCUUUGGAGAGCUCAGCACAGACGAGGAGGGGGAGGAGGAGGAAGGAGACGAUGAAGAUGGCAGCAGUGACGAGUUUACGGACAGCAUAGAGGAGGAUGACAAUAAAGUGACGGCCAGAAGUUUGGCCUCCAUUCAGGCUUGUGGAGCUGAGGGUGUGAUUGGACCGCUGGUGUCCCAGGGAGCCGAUGUAAAGCAGCUCGAGGAAGCAAGGAAGACACUUGAAGGCCAGCUUGAAGAAAUAAGGUUACAACUGGAGAGGGAUGGAUACACCACCGUGGCUCAGAUGAGGAGUGCACUGCAGAGGCUGCAGCAGGAGAACCAGGCUUUGAAAGAAACCAGAGGACGAGCUGGAGUUGUGCGACUGAGGACAAACCCAGAGAGGAAUCACAGGAGCUUGAAUCAGGAAGAGGAGAUAGAAGAGGAGGAGGAUAUUGAGGAAGAAGAUGAAGAGGAGGAAACAUCUCCGGUGCCAGUGGGAAAGAGAGGUCAUCCGGGUGUUAGUCUGAGUGACGAGCGAGUGAAGAGGCACUGCAAGGGGCCACGCUCUCUGACAUCCCAUCAUCACACACACCAGCCUGAGACGGAGGUGGAGCCUGCUGGAGACAGCAGCGAGGAGGGAGCACUCUGGCAGGAUAUAGAGGAGGGUCUUCGUGAGCAGGCGGCCCGCCUGAGCUCCGAUCUGGCUCUGAGCCACCAGGAGAACCGAGAGCUGCAGGAAAGGCUGAUGGUGUCUGAAGCCACGGUCCACGCUCAGGCUGAACAACUAAACGAUUACAGAGAUCUGCUCACGGAGACGUCGGUCCAGCAGGCCAGUAAGCAGGUGCAGGUGGAUCUCCAGGAUCUGGGUUAUGAGACUUGUGGUCGCAGUGAGAACGAAGCUGAGAGAGAAGACGCCAGCAGCCCAGAAUUUGAUGACCUGGAGAUGUGCACGUCGCUGUCCAAUCAGCAAGACUAUGAAGGUGCUGGCAGCUGGUACACUGGCAGCAGUAACGCAGGUGAAAUGGAGGACGAGCCAGCCUCUCUGCAGCAUCUGGUCCAGGAUCUCCGCUCACAGCUGACCCGCUGCCACAAGGUGAUCCGUGGGCUGCAGCUGCGUGUGCGCUCCCUGUCUACCACCAGCGACUACGCCUCCAGCCUGGAACGAACCCCACGCAAGGUAAACUGGGCCUUUGAGACGUCACCAGCCCCCAGCGGUGUGGAAGAGGAUGAAGGCUGGAUGUCUGACACCCAAGGCAUUCUCUCAGGGUCCAAACCCAGCAGGGAACUGCAAGAACUGAUGGCACGAGUUGCGUCACUGGAGGCGCAACUGAAGAGCUCCAGACAGGAGGACAAAAGCCAAGCAGAGGAGGGGAAAUGUGCCACCUGGCCUGGGAAUUACAACUCUCUGAUCCAGGCACAAGCUCGUGAGCUGUCCCACCUGAGGCAGAGGGUGAGAGAGGGGCAAGGAGUCGGCCACAUCCUCAUCCAGCACCUGGGUGAUACCACCAAGACCUUUGAGGAGCUGCUGCGGGCCAAUGAUAUUGAUUACUACAUGGGGCAGAGCUUCAGAGAGCAGUUGGCACAGAACUCAGCCCUGGCACAAAGAGUGCUCGCCAAGAUCAGUGGACGCAACCGUGCAGAGAGCCAUGACGACAAGACAGGCCAUGAGUUGCUUGCCCUACGGCUGAGUAAGGAGCUUCAGCAGAAAGAUAAAAUCAUCGAGUCCCUCCACAGCAAGCUACAGCAGCGUCCAGAGACCCCGUCCAGCUGCCAUGCCCUCUCUGAGACCACCGACCAAUCAGACAGAACGUCGUUGGUGUCUGAUGAGUACAGAACCAAUGACGACUUGGAGCUGUGCUCCGAUUUAGACGUCAGAGAAUAUCAGGAGGAGAACGGGCCAGGACAAGGAUCAGAACAAGAAGUCCAUCCAUCUAUCCUUCCUCCUCAUGGCUUCCUUAAGUACUCCAGCAGCUGUCCCAACAUGCAUUGCUCAGCCCCUGUGGGUUUGACCAGUCAGUCCUCUAGAGCCCUUUUCAGUGAGCCUGUCUCCCACUCCUACUCUGGCCCCUCUGGCCCUGACGUCUGGGGCAAAGAAGUCAUUUCUGACCCCCGGCCCAGGGCCCUGUCUGUGAUUGCUGUUCGCCCAGAGCUGGACACGCUGUACAAACUGAUGAAUGAGCAGAACAGGGGCUUUGCAGUUCCCCAUGACAAGCCUCUGUUCACUCUCGCACCGGGUGCCCACAUCCAGCACGACCUCUCCAACUACAGCCAGCAAACCCAUCAUGCCUUUCAACAGUAUCCGCUGGGUGGCAUCCCCGAAGGCCACUCGAUAAAGUCUGACUCAGGUCUAGUGACGGGACGGACUUUGUGGGACAUGGAAAACAUGGGUCAGCAAGUUGGAGGCUACUCUGGAUCAUUGGGACACCAGCAAGGAAGCAGCCAUGCCGGGGUAAAUUUGAUGGAGGAGCACCUGCGGGAGGUGAGGUGUCUCCGUCAGCGUCUGGAGGAGUCCAUUAGGACCAAUGAGAGGCUCCGACAGCAGCUGGAAGAGAGACUGGCCUCAAACGGGCGUGAUGGAGGUGCACAAACAAACAUCUACAUUCAGGGACUGGACACGGUCACUCAACUGUCCAAUGAGAUCCGAGUCCUGAAGGAAGAAAACUUGGGUCUAAAGUCACGCCUCCAGGCCAGCACAGACACAUGUGAGGAGGUGGUGCAGUUGCGGGAGGCAGUGUUUACAGCACGUGCCCGCCUGAAACAAGCAGAGCUGGAGGCAGAGCAGUGGAAAGAGGAGCUGCGACGACUUCAGGCUCACACUCAGGAGCAAGGACAGCAGAUACACAUACUAAGGCAGGAACGGCAGGCCAGUCAGGAGAAAACCAACAGGCUCCAGCAUGAGGUGUCUCUACUGCAGCAGCAGCUAUGUGAGAGCAGAGAGCUCAUCCACUCCCUGCAGAGUGAACUACAAGUGUACGAUCGAGUGUGUUCCAGCAUAAAGGCCAACAAAGCCUACCUGUGUGAGCUCCCAGGUCUACCGGUGGAGCUUGGGGAGCUGCUCGGGGAGGUGAGGAGCCUGCGAGCCCAGCUGCAGAACAGCGUCCAGGAGAACAGUGCCCUCAAACAACUGGAGCUCCACAAGCAGCUGGAGCAGAAGCUGGGCGUCGGCUCUCCUCGGACCCCCUCCCUCUCCGCCCUCACUGCCAGCCCUCAGAGAGAGAACUUCUACAGGCGACAGCUGCUGCACGACCCAGCUCCGUCUCCACCAGUCAGGGACAUUGGUCUGUUUAAUUGUGGAUCUCCCGGUCCUCCCUACUCAGACCUAGACGACAGCCAUAGCACUGCCAAUGACCCUCUUGACCCUCACUCUGAGCUGGAGGGGGAGGCCCCUGACGGAUCAUUUGCAAACCGCAACGGCCGCCACACCAUCGGUCAUGUGGAUGACUUCAGCGCUCUUCAGCAGCAAGUCCUCGAGGGCGGGAGCCUUGUCCAGCGCAUGGAGACAACCCUGCAGGCCUGCCUCGGCCCACCGCUGCUGGAGGGCCACCAGAAGCAGAGCAGUGAGCUGGUCCUGGACUAUGGAUGUGUGAAGAGUCUGCUGUCCAACACCAAGAUUCUGAGACAGAUCCUGGAGGAGGCGAUGUCCCUGCUGAAAAUGUUCUGGAGAGCAGCUCUGCCCAGCACCGAUCCCUCCAUCCACAACCUUAAGAAGGAGCAGUGUAUGCAGGAGGAGAUCUUGUCCCUGAAACUGCGUAUGUCAGAGCAGGAAGAGGUUCUUAAAGGGACGACUCACAGACUGAGGAGCACCAGCCGCACCAAGGAGAACAUGGAGCACUUCAUAGUCAACCAGUUGUCAAGGACUCGUGAUGUGCUGAAGAAAGCCAGGACAAAUUUAGAGAAGAAUGAGCUGAGACUUUCCUCUCUAAGCUCCUCCUCUUCCUCUCCUUAUGCUGGUAAUUGUUUGACAUCCUGUGAUCUUGCAAACAGUUUUCUCUCCUUUUGUCCCUACACCCAGCUGAGGACCCAGGAGGUGCUGCCAGAGAGCGGCCUGCUGAUUGCAGUUUCCUGAAGACCAGCAGUGCUUCCGGAGCUGCAGCCAAUCAACGUCCGGCAGCGAGGAAGCGCAGCAGCCAAUGCCUGCUUUAGACUGUUAAAGAACCAGCCUCAAUGCUACCACCUCUGACCUCUAACCUCUAUGCUGAAACAGCCGCCCUCCUUCCAGCCCCCCCCCCCCUCCUUCCAGCCCCCCCCCCACACACACCAGCCUUUCUUGUCCCACCCAACCACCGUCCAGCCAUGAGAGUGCUUCCACCUGUCCCUCCUCCAGGCAAUACGUGUGCAGUAUAAUCUGCCCUUUGAGCCUGACCAAACUCCCUUCACCCGCUCGCCAAUUUUCUGUCACUCUCUACCCCCUCCCACCACAUGCAUUAUUGUCUUUGAGUGAUACAGUCGGCAGUAUGCCUCAUCGUGUGUGUAACUGAAGAAGGUUUUUAAAAUGUCCCUCUGGUGGUUUCAGUGAAGUGCGUCCUACUGACGGAGCUGGUUGAGGAUGCUCCCAGACACUGAUCUCAGACCAGGUGUGUGUUCUCAAUCUGGUUUCAGUAAAGGCCUUUUGGGCUUUUUUGGUUGUAUUACAGAAACUUUCAGGAUAAUUAAACCAGAUAAGGAGAUUUUGAAAAAUAUUUUUACAAGGGAGGAUUUUGAAAAAUGAACCGUAGAUUUGAGAGAACUUUACUUGCGAGUUAAAAAUCGAAAUGUUUCUAUAGUACACCCCCUGAUCUGUAUCUAAGAGCAUCCUCUUUUGAGAGCCAGACAGCCUGCGGACGGAAUAGAUGUUCAUGCAUGUUUAAUCGUGGCUUGAGAGAGGUCACACUUGAACGAAAACAGACACACUCAAAGACAAGACAUCCUACCUUUGACUGCCACAGAAUUGCAAGUUUACUUCUUGUGGCACUUUUAUCAAUGAGGACAUUUUUUUUUUUGCAAAUGCAAUGCAAAGAACAAUAACACCCACGAUGUAUCUACACAGUGGAGGAAUGUAGAGGACGUAGGCGAUCACUGCUAAGUAGUCGUGUACUAGUUGUAUCUAUAUUUGUGGAAGAAGCUUAUGAAUGCGUUUGUCAAACAUCAGCCAAGGGAUAUGAAAAGCAGAAAAAAAAGCCAGAGAAAGGUUCUAUUUUAGUCACAAGCCUCCUCUUUUUGGGUCCUAACGGUGCUUUUCUAGGCACCUACCUACUGAAUUUGAAGUACUGAAUAAGUCAAAAACAAGGGAGUAUGGUCAAUUUAAUGCUCAAGGCUUUGAAACAUCUGGUUGGUUGUGAUUUCUGAGCAGGAUGUACACAAGAAUAUGUAAAAACAAAUUUUUAAAAAAGAGGUUAAAGUGCUGAAAUGGAACCAGGCUGAACACGCGUAUUCAAGCUCCUCUGUAGGAGUUCUCAUACGAGCAUGUGCAAUAAUGAUGUUUCUUGAAUGAUAAUGCUGCACCGGGUUUGUUUUUUUUUCUUUGCUUGACACUGGAUUAUUAGUCACACUCAUAAUAACGUUAGUACACGAUCAGAGUAACGAUUGUACUUUUUACCGGACUGUUGAUGCAUGACAGAGAUUGUAAAAUCUAAGCUAAGGAACAGCGGAUUGCCAAUACUUGCCAAAGUUUGAAGUCUUUGAACUCUUCACUUUGCUUUGACUUGCCUUAUCCAUGCGAAUGACAAACCCAGGUCGGAUCAGACCGUAGGGAUACCGAGAUGUCUUCAUUCCAAGGACCUCCAGAACCACAGAGACGGUAACCGUUAGACAGCUGGUUCAGUGUAUUUUGAAUUGUGCGACCGAAAUGAGCUACUUUUUUGGACCAAAACUCAACAGAGUGGAUUUUUCCCACUUGGCCAUAUGCUAUUGUCUUUAUGUUAUUUUUCUUGGUUCAGGCCGUCUUAGGAUUCCCAUGGCAAAGGCAAUAUAGGUUAUCAAGUUCUUAUAGAUGAUGCAAACUUUGGCAGGCUACUGGUGGGAUCAUUGAUCUUUAAUUCACUCACUUAUAACAGUUCAAAUUUAGUUUGAUGAGUUCUUGCUGUACAUUUGCCAUUUUUACGCUGUAAAUAACUUGUUAUUUCUGUAUGAACUUUUGAGUGAGUCUGUGUGUGCGCGCAUGUGUGUGUGAGUGUGUUUGAACAAACAUCCAACAUUUGCUUUUUGCAAAGUUGAUUUUCUGGGUAGCUGUGCAAUAGCUUAUAUGAUUUAUUUGGAUGUUAAACAUCAUCGUAAUACGAGUAUGAUUGCUGCAUUCACUUCCUGCAAUGUGUGAUUUAUAUGUUAGAGGAGUUUGUCACUUUGAAUCACAUAGGCUGAUAAGAAAUCAGACUAUGUCUUCAUGAUAUCUAACUCACUGAUCCCAAUAUCAUCCACCUAUAACAAAACUCUGAUUAAUGUUGCUUCGCUUGCCUUUACAUUUAUUAGCUUGAGAGCUUCUUCAGUCUGCUCUCAGUGGUAGAAUUGGCUUUGAACUAGCGCUCUUCUACCUGAGAUCUGCCAAAUUAGGUUUCGUUUGCGCUCAAGUCUUCAUAAAAAAAAAAAAGACGGCAUGUAUUUCAACAGAGAUAAAAAGUUUGAUAAUUCCUUUUGAAAUGUAAGAAGUAAAAAGACAAAAGUUUUGAAGAAUUGUCUACUGUCAAAGAAAAAGCCAAUGACUGGAAAGAUUAUGACACGUUGGAUCCACAAAGCACCUUGUUAGAGCGUAAACAAAGCCUUUUUGCUAUUUGUUAUAAAGAAGGGAAUCAAACGGCAGUUUGAAACGAUAUAUUGUUGGUCCUGAUUUUCGUAUGUAUUCAGUGGGUACGGAAAGUAUUCAGACCCCUUUAAAUUUUUGACUUUGUUUCAUUGCAGCCAUUUGGU